GGAAGGCCCAGGGAACCAAGCAGCGCUGCCGCCGCCGCUGCACCCCGAGCUGGAGGAGGGAGAAGCCAGGAAGAAAAUGGCGGCCGUGGCUGCAGAGGCGGCAGCGACUGCAGCGUCCCCCGGGGAGGGGGGCGCCGGCGAGGCCGAGCCGGAGAUGGAGCCCAUCCCCGGCAGCGAGGCCGGCACUGACCCCCUCCCGGUCACGGCGACGGAAGCAUCUGUGCCGGACGGCGAGCCCGACGGGCAGCAGUCUUCUCCUCAGGCCGACGAGCCGCCGCUCCCGCCGCCACCGCCGCCGCCGGGGGAGCUCGCCCGCAGCCCGGAGGCGGCGGGGCCGGAACUGGAGGCUGAGGAGAAGCUGCCCGUCCGGGUACCGGAGCCGGCGGCAGCCGCGCCUCAGGAAACACCCGACCUUCCACCUUCCCCUGCACCACCGCCCGAGCAGCCCCCAGCUCCCGAGGAGCGCCAGGAACCGCCGCUGCCCCAGCCCGCAGCCCCGGCGCUCGUGCCGCCGGCGGGCGGGGACUCCGCGGUGUCGCAGCUGAUUCCCGGCUCGGAGGUGCGGGUCACGCUGGACCACAUCAUUGAGGACGCGCUCGUCGUGUCGUUCCGUCUAGGGGAGAAGCUCUUCUCCGGCGUCCUUAUGGAUCUGUCCAAAAGGUUUGGGCCCCAUGGGAUCCCUGUGACGGUGUUUCCCAAAAGGGAAUAUAAGGAGAAACCUGAAGCCAUGCAGCUCCAAAGUAAUACAUUCCGAGAAGGGACAGAAGUCAAGCGUGAAGUGAAUGGUGCUGUUCCCAAUGACCCUUCUCCCAUCUCGCCUCCCGAGCCGGGCUUGGCUGAAAGCCUGUGGACUUCCAAACCACCGCCUCUCUUCCAUGAAGGAGCACCUUACCCUCCCCCUUUGUUUAUCAGGGACACCUAUAACCAGUCAAUACCUCAGCCACCACCUCGGAAAAUUAAGCGACCCAAACGAAAAAUGUACAGGGAAGAACCUACUUCAAUAAUGAAUGCUAUUAAACUGCGACCCAGGCAAGUCCUGUGUGACAAAUGUAAAAACAGUGUUGUUGCGGAGAAAAAGGAAAUUAGAAAAGGUAGUAGUGCAAGUGACUCUUCUAAAUAUGAAGAUAAAAAACGGAAAAAUGAAAGUGUAACUACUGUGAACAAAAAACUGAAAACUGACCAUAAAGUGGAUGGGAAAAACCAAAACGAAAGCCAGAAAAGAAAUGCUGUGGUGAAGGUUUCCAGUAUUGCUCACAGCAGAGGCAGAGUAGUCAAAGUUUCUGCUCAGGCAAAUACAUCAAAAGCUCAGUUAAGUACUAAAAAAGUGCUCCAGAGUAAGAACAUGGAUCAUGCAAAAGCUCGGGAAGUGUUGAAAAUUGCCAAAGAAAAGGCACAAAAGAAGCAAAGUGAAACCUCUACAUCCAAAAAUGCACAUUCAAAGGUCCAUUUCACACGUCGCUAUCAGAGUCCUAGCUCAGGUUCCCUUCCACCCCGGGUUCGUUUAAAACCACAAAGGUACAGGAAUGAAGAAAAUGACUCUUCUUUGAAGACAGGACUUGAGAAAAUGCGGAGUGGCAAGAUGGCACCCAAGCCCCAGUCUCGCUGCACCUCUACCCGCUCAGCAGGUGAGGCCCCUUCAGAAAAUCAGAGUCCCUCAAAAGGCCCUGAAGAGGCCAGCAGUGAGGUUCAGGACACCAGUGAAGUGCUUGUGCCUGGUGAGCAGGAUGAACCACAGACACUGGGCAAAAAGGGCAGCAAAAGCAAUAUCUCUGUUUACAUGACCCUAAAUCAAAAGAAAUCUGACUCUUCCAGUGCUUCAGUGUGUAGCAUUGAUAGCACAGAUGAUUUGAAAUCCUCCAACUCUGAGUGUAGUUCUUCCGAAAGCUUUGAUUUUCCUCCAGGCAGUAUGCAUGCACCUUCCACCUCCUCCACUUCCUCCUCUUCAAAGGAAGAGAAAAAGCUCAGUAAUUCCUUGAAAAUGAAAGUCUUUUCCAAAAACGUCUCUAAAUGCGUCACACCAGAUGGCAGGACCAUAUGUGUAGGGGACAUUGUUUGGGCCAAGAUCUAUGGCUUCCCUUGGUGGCCAGCCCGUAUUCUCACUAUAACUGUGAGCCGGAAAGAUAACGGCCUUUUAGUCCGACAGGAGGCCCGCAUUUCGUGGUUUGGGUCUCCAACAACCUCUUUUCUUGCUCUUUCGCAACUCUCCCCCUUUUUAGAAAACUUCCAGUCACGCUUUAAUAAGAAGAGAAAGGGCCUAUACCGCAAGGCCAUCACAGAGGCGGCUAAGGCUGCCAAGCAGCUGACCCCUGAAGUGCGGGCUCUGUUGACACAGUUUGAAACGUGAACAUGGACAGUAAGGUAGGCAAGAACCAUUGGAAAGCACCGCAGAUUUCCUAGUCUAGUUAGGAGUAACUUCUACGAAAUAGCUUGGCAAAAUCGGAGAGAGGAAUUGUACUCAGUUGGCUGCUUUUUUAUACUUACCUUAUAGCCAUUUUUAGACUGAGAAGCUUAAACUGAACAAGCAAUCAAAUUUUGUCUUAAGGAAGUGAGAUUUUAGCAGUAUUUUUCAGUUUUGAAGUCAAACCAUCCCAAGGCAUAGGAGCCAUAGCCUCAACUGAAAAUGAAUUUUUGCAGGGACUGUUAAUUGCCAUUUGUACCUAGUACUGUGUGUAUGUGUGUAUAUUUAUAUAUAUAUGCACAUGUACGUAUAUGUGUGUAUAUGCAUACAUACAUAUAUAUAACAUAGCUUGUCACUAUGUGACAUAGGUUGCAUAUUUGGGAUUGCAGUAAGGGCUGGGUGAGCUGGGUGGGGGGUGGGGAUGGGGGAAUAGUGUGGGUAUUUAAUGACUACUUGUUUUUUAAUUAAUGAAUACUUAGCCCUUCUAUGUGCACAAUGGCGCAAGAGUUCAAUACUUAGGUGUUUGACAAACUGAGAUGCUUGCUAUUCAGUUGCGGACUGGGGAAAUAGCCCGGUAUUUGGGGUUAAGACUUUCAAGGCUGACAAGGUUUGAAUCGUCACUCUUGUUUAACGGGGAUUUAACAAAAACUUUCAAAAUUCUGGUUUGGGAGUUUAGGUAGGUUUGUCUUUGGAUAUGUAAAUAGUUGAUUGCUAAAUUUGGUCAGAUUUCUCCUGACUGGCUGUUCCUAAAUUCUUAGGAUACGUCCUGGUAAAUUACACUUUGUGAAUUAAUUGUCAUAUGUGUAAUUGUUGCAUUUUGGAUGUACCUAAUUUGAUAAUUUUUAAGAAAUAUUUCCGUUUAAGGUAUCUGUUUGCAGGUCAGAAAAUGAGAAAAUGUAAUUGUGUAAUGCUCUGAAAUGUAAAAAAAAAAAAAGCUGUAAAUAAAAUCGACUAAAUCCAAAUUAUUUGUGUGUGUUUCUCAAAAAGCUUUGAAAAAUAUCAAGAUGGGAGAAAGUUAUUCUUUGUAAUAGUGUAUAGAGGAGAUGAAAAAUAUCAAACCUUUAUUUUCCUAUUUGUCCUAUCAGAGAAUAUAUUACCUGACCAUAGAUAAAAUUCAAGUAAGUGAUUAAUCCAUGUAUUCUGAAAAUGAGGUUUUAUAGUGUAGAGGUCUGAUAUGCUUCUAGAUUUGAGACCCUCCUCCCGCCAAUUUCUCAUAUAUGUGUGGGUUUAAUUUUCCUCAUGUUUAGCCUUAAUACUUCAUCACAUGGCUCUUUUUUAUAUUUGGGUAGUUACAACCAGUCUCUCUUUAGUCUGGUCUGCCUCAGGUAUCCUUGCUUUUGGGGCUAGUAACAGAUCACUGUUUUUCUACAUGGUCCAUCUGUCCCUCAGAUUUGACUGACUUUCCAUUUUUAGCUUUUUAUUGUUAGUGAAAAUAGAUCUGAUUGCCUGUGGAGGCAAGUUUAUCCCAAGAUUUUUCAAGUUGCUUUCAUAUUUUUUUGUGUCUAACUACCUUUUGAACUUGAUAGAAUAUCAUUUUGACACUUUGGGAAACUUGAAAAUUUUAGAGAGAGCAACUUUGUAUAAUUCUAAGUAAUCCAAUUUGAAAUGUCUUAGUUACCUAUGGAAUUAAUGAUGAAAAGAUUAAUGGAGAUUAAAAUCCAUAAUCUGUCAGUUUUAAAGUUACGGACUUUUAUGAUUUAUGUACUGAUUUCUGCAAAAGCAAGUAGAAUUUCAUCUGGGGAAUUCAAGUCAAUGCUUUUUGAUUAUAAAAAACACACAAUUAAAAAAAACUUUCACUUGAGUAGAACAUAUUCUUUCCUGCAAACAGAAACAACUAUACUACUUUUAAAAUUCUUUGAUUAUAACAGGUUGAAAGAUGUUCACGGUGUGACUGAGGGGUUUUAAGGAAGUAUCUUAAAUUUUUGAGUACUGUUUUAGAUUAAUGAACUUGUUCAGAUAUUUUUGAAAGUUUAAAAUCUAAGGUUCAGAAAGAUUUAAGCGAGGCAGAGCAAAAAGUCACUUAAAAUAAUUUAAUUCCAAGGCUUCAUGUAAUGAUCCAGGUGAGUUUUAUCUUAACAUAGUGGGUUUGACAGUGGAUAUUGCUAAUAAGUCAAGUGCGUUGGCAAACGCACUCUGUUGGCAUAAACCAAAUUUGAUUUGUUUCAGAAGCCCUGGUUUUGGGGGGGUUGGGAAUAAAGUCAUGAUGAGUACAAAAAUAACAUUAAAUUUUAUGUAGUCCAUACCACUGAGGGAAAGGUUGAAGCAUAAUCACAAAUGUGCAUGAUCUCUAAUUAUGCCAAAGAUCCCUCCAUUUUAAACUGGCAUGUUUCAUCUGAUAUUUCAGUAAGGAAAAAUUUUAAAGAAUUCCUUAAUCUUAAAAUACAUACUAAACACUAAAUCCAGUAGCUGCAUAUUUGUGUAUUUUUCAGAUGGAAAUUUUUUAAAUUUUGAGUAAAGACACAAUGUUACAUUAGUUCAGGUGUACAAUAUAGUGAUUCAGCUUCUCUGCAUUACGCCAAAUAGAAAUUUCUUAAGCAGGUAAAUUUAUCCAGUAUUUACUGCAGAUGGAGGAGAUAGAGUUGAAUUGGAUAGUUGCAGCUAUUUUCCUUUAAAGUGGUCAAAGGAGGCAUUUACUCUUUGUAUGGAGAUAACCAAAUGCGUUUUUUUUCCUUUUGCAGAGACAAAACUAGGCUUAGGCCAAAUCUCCAGUGAUCUAAAAAAAAAAAAAAAAAAAAAGGAAAACGAAGGAUUAGCAGGGGGAGAAACUAAGUGAAAGUAAGCUGUAACAGCCAAAGACGUCUUUAUUUCUAGAAUUGCUCAGAAAUUUAAAGCAUCAGAGUAUUUUUCUUAGUUUCCCAGAAUGUAUUGAACAGAAUGCUGACUGUUCAUUUGAAAGGGAUAUCUUUUCGACUCAUUUAUAGAUGUGGAACUAGAUGUAAAAAAGAUCAGUGAGAUGGGGAAAGUAAAAUUCAUUAGUCUGGCCCAUUUGCAUGAUUUGAUGUAUCCUAUGUGGUUUUGAUGGGAAAGUCUAUAAACAGUAAUUUUAAAUUAGUACUAAGUAGACAAGAAUAUAGAUACGAAGACAGACUUCAGGCAAUAUGAAAGCGCUACUAAAAUCAAAUGUGUAUCUUGGUGGGUCUUAGUUUGUAAUUUACACAAUACUGACUUGCACUGCUAUUUUGAGCAGGUUGUACUUAAUACUGGUUAUGUUGAAGGAAAGAGAACACAUUUACAUUCCUUUAUAUACAUAGAGGAUUCCUUUACAUAAAAUAAUUGAAUUGGGAAUUGGAAAUACAGGCAUACCUCAAGAGAUACUGUGGGUUUGGUUCCAGACCACCACAAUAAAGUGAAUAUCCCAAUAAAGUGAGUCAUGAAUUUUUUGGUUUCCCAGUGCAUAUAAAAGUUAUUUAUAUUGCAGUUUAUGUGCAGUAGCAUUGUGUCUAAAAAAAAUGUAUAUACCUUAAUUAAAAAAGAACUUUACUGCUAAAAAAUCUAACCAUCUGAGCUCUCAGUGGGUCAUAAAUCUUUUCCUGGUAUGCAGAGUCUUGCCUCGAUGUUGAUGGCUGCUGACGGAUCAGGGUGGUGGUUGCUGAAGGUUGGGGUGGCUGUGGCAGUUUGGACAGUGGUGAAGUUUGCUGCAUCGAUUGACUCUGCUUUUCAUGAACAGUUUUCUUCUUUGGCAUGCAAUGUUGUUAGAUGGCAUUUACCCACAGAGGAACUUCUUUCAAAAUGGUGUCAGUCCUCUCAAAUUCUGCCGUUGUUUUUUAUCAACUAAGUUGAUGUAAUAUCCUAAAUCUUGUUUCAACAA